AUGUUUCAAUGGGCUCGGACAGUCAUUCGAUGGGCUCAUGCUUUCGUUCGUUGGUUUCUCUGCCGUGCCCCAUUGAUUUCGGCCCAGGAUGAGGAAUUGGAAUUGAGUUCCGAGGUUCCUGCAUCAAUUCAUGCCCCUCAAGAGCUCUCUGUAUUACCACCGUUGCCUGUUCCCGAGGAUCCUGCUGUGCCUGAGCCUCUUGUCGAGGCUUCUAUUCUCCCAACGCUCCCCAUCGAGACUUCUAUUCCAUCAGCGGUCCCCGCCGAUACUGAUCACGAACUCGAGUUCCGGGAUCACACUCAAGUAGUUUCCGAGCUUGCACCCCAGGCUGAUGCCCCGAUUCAGACCCAGGAGGAUACUUUGGGGGUUUCAGAACCGUCUACUCAGUCCAUUAUCACCCGAAUGCCCACCGGAAUUCUCCUGCAGGUCGCUAAUAUGGUAGACCGUCAGUCCCGUUUUAACUUGUCUCGAAUUAGCCGACAGGUCUAUCGUGCCCUUAGUCGCUCUCCACCUGGCCUCGGCGAUGUCCCUGUAGAGCUCUUUCUGGAAAUUUGUUAUCGUGUAGACAACCGCGCACUGUAUCAUCUGGCACGGACUUGUAGAAGUUUCCAUACCCACCUCAUUUCAUCUGUUCGAAGGAAUACCCUCAAUACGGGUCUUACCCCACCAGAGGCUCUCCAGGCCACGUAUGGGUAUCAAGAUGGCAUCAGGCCCGGAAACGUCGAGCCUGCAUAUGCGGACGUGUUCUGGGGCAGGCCUAAUGCGCUUGUCCAGGCAGUUAUUCGGGAUGAUACUGACACUGCAUGGGAAUUGCUUCACCACGGGGCCGACCCGAACUUGCCCAAUGCAAGCGGGAUGUUACCGCUGCUCUUCAACGCUUACAUGGGCUCGUUACCGAUGACUGAAUUGCUCCUAGAGUUUGGAGCUCAUCCAUGCCAGAUGAAUCCGGUGCCUCCUGAUCGUCCUAUGGACUACGCCGUCCGGGCCGGGCUAGAAACCAUGGUUCGGCGGUUUAUUCGGGCCGGAAAUAUCUCUCCGUGUAUCUCAGAUGUCGUGGGAGACAUCAUCCGUAAUAGCGAAGUGGAAACGAUUGAAUUAGCUAUGGAGGUGGGCGAGAUAGAUUUUGAGCAUGUCGACGCUAAGUGCCUGCAGGAUACCCAACAGGGUGUAUUGCAUUGCACCGCCGUCCGCAACGAUUCUACAAUCAUGAACCUUGUCCUGCCUCACCUUCCAAUCAGUGUCAUCAAUACUGAGAAUGGGUUGGGAGAGAAUGCCCUCCAAUUUGCCAUAGAGAUGAGCAAGCUGAACGUGUGGAGGAUUGUGGCCCAAAUUCCUGGCCUUAACAUUAACCAUCAAAGCCACAAUGGGACAUCGGUGCUAAUGUCGGCGAUCGAGAGGGGAAAUUUAGUCGCAGCCGACUGGCUACUUGAUCACGGAGCUCAGGUCAAUAAGCACAAACGGACAGGUGAGAAUGAGCUCCAUUGUGCAAUUGCGAGACACCAGCUUGCAAUCAUCCCCCGUCUGCUGGAAAAGGGUACUGAUAUCAACAUGUUAGCUUUCAACCGAGGAACGCCAUUGCAUUAUGCAGUUCGGACAAUGGACCUAGAGCUGGUACGCCUUCUUUUGUCGACUCGUUUGCAGACUGCGGACUUGACAAUUGUGGAUGAGUCUCUGGGUCAUGAUGUGAUCAGCGAGUCAAGAUUUUUGGCCGAGUCAAUGGCCGAUGCGGUAGAGAUUACCGAUCUACUGCUUGAAUAUGCGAACUCGGCUGCGGAAAUUAAUGAGUAG